AUGAAGGGAAUUAUGCAGUACGCGCCGUGUUGCGAUGCAGUGAGUGCACUGUCCGAUAGUGAAGUUCGGUCCAGCAAGCCGCGGCUGUUCAGCGCCGCCUUCUCGCACCUCGACACAGCGCAACUGCCAAAGGUGCUGCAACUGCGCCCAUCUUCUUCCCUUACUGGAAACGCGCCGUUGUGUUGCGGAAGCGAGUCGGGGCCGACCUUGCCGACGCUGCUUCCACAUCGUGAGAGCCGGCGCUUUCUCGCGCUUAUCGACCUCUUCGUGAACAACGAGAAAAUUCAGCUGAACCUGGAGUCGUGCCGCCUGCCCUGCGCCUACGAAGUUCAAAUCCUGCCUGACCUGAUCGACCGGCAGGCCCGCCGCUACAACGACCAAACGGAACUGCGUUUUUCGCUGCACGUGCGGCACUGCAGCAUCAAGGCACGCAACCUGUACCUCUCGCUGCGCUUUCCGUGGGGGACGACACACUACCUGGGACCCCUUGCGCAGCAAACGGUUGUCUCCUCGGCCCGCUUUGUCAGCGACCUGCCGACGUCCGUCACGUUGGUGCUGGACGUGGAUCACUGCAUCCCGGAGGAGCUGGACGCCCCGCUGCCGUGCGAGAUGUUGCUGAAGGAGCACGUGAAGACGAUCCUCGAAAACGACGACUUCUGCGGCUCCAUCGCCGCCGCCCACGUGCAAAACCUCGUCCGUGAUUUCCCCUUCUACGCGGCGGCCAUGCGGCGCUUCCGCAAUUGGUCCGAGUACGUCAUCCUCUUCGCCGAUUUCUACGGAUGCUGGGGGACGGUUCAGUACGAGGAAGAAGAGCACGCCACGCUGGGGCUGAGCAGCCUGACGCCGCCCGGCGAGCUGCGGCUCGUGGCGAACAGCUUUGCCUCCCGCUACGCCCGCUCCGACGUACACCGCGACAAGAUUAAAUGGCGCGCCUUGUGCGACUUCCGCGAUCAGGUGUUGGAGGGGAGCGCGGAUGUUUGCAAAGCUGUCUGUACAAGUCGCAAAGGUGAAACGACGCUCCGCCUUUCUCGCAAUUUUAUGCGUGCGCUGAGUAAUGAAGGGAGCUUUCGCACGCUGAACAGCGUGAAUUACCUGCACGUGUUGGAAAGUCUGAUGGAGUCGCGUUUUGUCUUAUUCAAUGAGCUGCAUCCUAUUCAGGUGGACUCGUGUAUGCUGCCAAACACGUCCGAAGAGUUGCUGCUGACGGUAGGGUCGAGAUAA